AUGAAACAAUUAGCAACUAAAGUAGAUGCUUUGGCUACUCAUAACAAAAUGUUGGAAACCCAAAUUUCUCAAGUAGCCCAGCAACAAGCAACUACCGCAGCCCCGACUGGAGCCUUCCGGGGUCAACCACAACCUAACCCGAAGGGUCAAGCUAAUGCUAUCACAUUGCAAAGUGGGACAGAGUUAGACGGACUCGCAGUUGAGAAGGUGAAACCAUACGUGCCUCCACCAUUAUAUAAUCCAUCAAUCCCUUACCCUCAAAGACUAGCUAAAUCCAAAACCGAAGGACAAUUCAGGAAAUACGUUGAACUAUUGAAACAACUUAAUAUUACCAUCCCUUUCACCGAAGCCAUUAGACAAAUGCUCUCAUAUGCUAAGUUCCUAAAAGAAAUCUUAUCUAACAAGAAGAAACUUGAGGACGAUGAGACAAUGACACUUAAUACAGAGUGUAGUGAUAUCAUUCAAAAUAACAUGCCACCUAAACUAAAAGAACCUGGCAGUUUUUCCAUACCAUGUGUUAUAGGGAUGUUUGUAAUAGACAGAGCCCUCUGUGAUUUAGAAGUUAGUGUGAGUUUGAUGCCCCUUUCUAUCAACGAAAGACUCAAAUUGGGAGAAUUAAGACCAACAAGAAUGUAUCUUCAACUAGCUGAUCGUUCUGCUAAGUAUCCCAUAGGAAUGCUAGAGAACAUUCCCGUCCAAGUCGGUCAAUUCUUUAUCCCUACCAAUUUCAUAAUAAUGGACAUCAAAGAAGAUUCUAACAUCCCAGCCAUUUUAGGAAGACCCUUCCUAGCCACUGUCGGUGCCAUUAUAGAUGUCAAACGAGGAAAAAUGACUUUCGAAGUGGGAGAGGAGAAAAUUGAAUUCAUUUUAUCGCAAUUUCUAAAAUCACCUGCCAUAGACGACAUGUGUUGUUUCAUGGACAUCAUUGAUGAGUGCAUCAAAGAAAUAAAAAUGGAACCAUCCGAGGAUACUGAAAUCCUAAAAAUACCAGCACCACUCAUUCUGAGGAUGACCAAUGGAAAGAACCAUACGUAG